AUGGCUUUAUGCGACUCAAAAUAUUGCUUCGUAUGGAUUGAUAUUGGAGGUUUUGGUAAAGAUAGUGACUCGGGAAUAUAUAAAGAAUCUUCUUUGUAUAAAAAACUGACAGAAAAGAAGUUAGAUCUUCCUGAUCCCAGACCUAUAACUAAUAAUGGAGAUAUCAGAGUCCCAUAUGUAAUAGUGGCUGACGAAGCAUUUGGUAUGUCGGAAAAUUUGAUGAGGCCUUAUGGUGGUAAAAUGUUAUCAUAUGAAAAAAAGGUAUUCAACUAUCGUUUAACUUUGGCACGUCGUUAUGUUGAAUGUAAAUUUGGAAUAAUGUGCAAUAAGUGGCGAAUACUACACCGACCACUCGAUGUAAAAAUUGAUUUUGCGGAAAACCUAGUUAAGGCCAUAUGUGUACUACAUAAUUAUGUUAGGAUAAGAGACGGCUUCAAGUACGAGUAUACACUUUAUACAGCACCAUUGGCAAACCUAAAUCCAUCAUACACUGGACGAGCUGUAAGAGAUGCAGACGUAAUUCGAAAAAAAUUCGCGAAUUACUUUAUAAACGAAGGGAAAUUAGAGUGGCAAGACAACAUGAUAUAA